UAUUUUCAAAUUGUUUAAACAGAUCAACAAAUUUAUUCAAAUCAGUAUUUCGAUUUCUAAUAUAAAUUUUUAAAUGUAUGUGCUUAGUUUGGAAAAUUCGUUUAUGAUUUCUAAUUUUUUAAUUUAUGGUAACUCAAAUUUACUAAUCGGGGAAAAAAACAUUAAAGUAAAUAAAAUGAUAAAGCUGGGGGAGGGUGUCAAAACAGCGAUUGAUAAGCAACAGCUGAGUGUACAGCUGCGACAACAGGGUGAGUCGAAGGAAAUUUUCGUCACUGUGACGUCAUUAUAAUUGCUACACGGCAACACAACAAACAAAUUAAAUUAAAAUGACACACUCACUUGAUUGACAACUGACAGCUGGUUUCGUACUCAUAUUUGACGCGUCCGAGUUUGGAGACUAAUUUCUAUUGUGUAUAACAAGAAAAGGGGAAAAACUAGGGACGCUGAGCAAAUUAAGCGCAAAAAGUAUAAAACAAAGCAUUUACAAGUGCUAUCAUGCCUGGAAAUUCAUGUACGUUGUGUAAAAGCAGUUGGGACAACACAAUUUCAAUGUUCGCGCUGCCAAGCGAUAAAUAUUUGAGAAAAGAAUGGGAAGCUGCCUGCGGCAUUAAACUAGCACCCAGCUCAAGGAUUUGUGCCAAGCAUUUUGUGGUUAAGGAUUUCGUGAAGAAUAAUCCCAAGCGUACCCGCUUGCAACCGGACGCAGUACCGUCGUUGAAUUUGUCAAUUAAGCGAAAGGAAGCUAAUAACAUGUUAUUCAAUUCAAAUAACAGUUAUAGAAAAAAUCGUGCCAGCUUGGGACAAUUGGUAUAUUUUGUUAACUUUGCGAAAAUGGAACCAAAAAUUUUAACUUCGAAAUUUAGCACUGUGAAGCAUUUGUGGGAAGACUUGGCGCAACAUUUGAAUGAACUGGACGGCGCCUCACGUACACCACUCAAGUGGAAAGAGACCAUGGCCACUUGGCGUUGUCAGCUGCGUUGUCGUGCACGCCGUGGUAAGAGCAGUGGUGUGCCCGAAUUUGACGAAUUCGCGCUUUACAAUUUUGGACAACAAUCCAUGGAUGAAUUAAACGAAACGGCUCAUAACUCAACGAGCACGGAAUUUGACGCGCAGGAUAGCAACGACCGAAACGAUGAGAACAAUGACUCAAUAGAAGCUGAUGUAACCAUAAAGGCUGAAGUCGAUUACUCUGAUGAGGAAGUUAGUGCUACACUUCACAACCUUCCUGGUAGUUGUGUUACCGAGGUUGAUCCACAAGCGGAAGCUAUAACUGGUGUUGAGGACGAAAUUGAUAUAAAACCUGAUAUUGAUAACGAGAAAGUUCAUGAAGCAACUAACUCCGGCUCGACCACAAAGAUACAGACAUUAGGUUUUCCGCGCUCAUCACGUUCAAAAAUUUUUUUUAUACCUCGACAUGGUAUAAAUAGUGAAAACAACACUACUGAAGAUUUCGCCGAGCCAAAAAAUCUUAAAAGAAAAAUUGAUUCGGAGAUUUCUGCAAAGGACGGCGCUAGUAAAGUAGUUGUCAUUGGCGAAUCAGCAAAUUCUGCGGAAAAUUUACCACAGAAUUUUGAUCCUGAUACUAGAAUAAAUGGAAUAAAUCAAUCUGUAGCUACAACAAGUACCUCUAACGAAUUUCAAAACAGCCGCUCAUGUGCACCCAGCAGUGCCUCUAAGGUUCUGGAGCGAGGGGAGACCCCUUUAUGCUUAGAUAAUUUAUCACAAUCUGCAUCUGGGUCCUCGCCUACAGCACAAAUGCCUGAAAGCUCUACAACUGAGUGUAAAACAACAACGCUACAGGAAGUUUAUGAAACUGUGUUGGCGAGUAUACGACGGCGUGAUGAGCGUGAUGAACAAUUUAGCAAUGUUAUACAAGAGUUAGCGGGUGCUGUAACGAGAAUGGCAGAUAAUAUCAAACAACUAGAGGAGGUGCUAACAUUUUGUGCGAACAAUUAAUACAACGAGUGACUUAUUUUAUUUUAAUCUCAUUACCAUUAAGCUUUAAGGUUCAUAUAUAUAUGAAAUUAGUGAAAAUUUUGUUAGUUCAAAUAAAUUAAACUGUUUCAUUUAAAUUUCG